AUGGAGGAGGCAGGACACCUGAAGCCGCCGGUCUCUAACCUGCCCUUGCGUGCUGGUUCGCGCCAGGCCCUGGUCCAGGAGGGUAAAAUCUUGCCUCCUGCGCCGGGAUUUCCUAACCACAGCUGCACCCAGUUAACCGCCCCUGCGGGCUCCUUCUACCAGAGCCCCCACGGCGCUGGUAAGUUGGAGGGGGUGUUGGAGCACUCUCCGGGGCUCCCAAAACAGUGGCCAGGUCCCCCCCGCCUCCCGGAGCAGGGAACCGCGCACGCGGCACCCCGGCAGGGCACGCAGGGUCCAUGCGCGUGUCCUGGCUGCACGCGGCUGUGUCCCCAUCCCAAAGCACGCGAAACCCCGUUCCGCGUCCCGCACGUGCAAGCACGACUCUGGGAAACGUGUGGGUUUUGCACGAACAUAUCCCUUCCCCCCGGUGGGAUCCUGCGCGCGGGUCCUUUGUGCUGUCUCGUCCCUCUGCUCCCGCCAGCAAGCCCGAGGAAGCAGCCCCGGCGAACGCAGCCUGAACCCACCUCCCUCUCCGCGAGCUGGGGGGGCAGCCCCCACUGCUAUUUAUGGCUGAGGUCAGGCUGGCAGCUUGCACUAAAGAGCCAGAGCACAUUGUCCUCAGAACGGAGAGGAUUCGUCAUUACGAUCAAUACACCUUUCUUCUCCGGACAAACCGUCUGUCCCCGUCCCCGAGCCCAGCCCCGCCCGUGGGUCCCGCUGUGGCGCUGGGUGGCCGGGGCUGCGGGCGGUGGGGCUGCGGAUGGCACGGCUGCGGGCGGUGGGGAUGCGGAUGGUGGGGCUGCGGAUGGCACGGCUGCGGGCGGUGGGGAUGCGGGCGACUCUUCCCCGCUCUCGCAGGUGGUUUGCAAGGGAGGGCGGCGCUGGCAGGGACACGGCCCCCCGCCAGCCCCCGGCCCCGGCUUCAGCAUCUUCAGCAGCUCCGCCAGGGCCUGUCCCGCGCCCGGGAGCACCCCCGCGCCCUGCUGUGCCACCCGCGCCUGGGGUCCCGGCUCCCCCCUGAGGCCUUUUCCCCCCCAGCCGGGCUACAGGGGGCAAAUCUGGAGAAAGAGGCGGCCCCGAGCCCCCCCGCCCCGCGGCACGGCUGUGCUGCACCGGGUGCCCGGCACCGGCAGCUCGUCACGCGCGUGCUCAGCUGCGCACGUGCCUGCUCGCCGCUCCUAAUUAAUCCUCCAUAGGCUGGAGAGCACUUGAUGUUGAUUCCCCCAGCGCAGUGCCAGAGGUGUAAGGAGAUUAAUUAGCGCAGCGCGGAGAAGCUAUGCAAAUCGCGUGCUGCUGCGGGGACCGAGGGGCUGGCCCGGCCCCCCCUCUGCUGCAUAGGGGCUGUGGGGGUCCCGGUCCCCAGGCGGUGGGGAUGGCCCUGCCCUGGGCCCCGGGGGACUCGUGCAAGGGAGGGGAGCAGCUUGCACCUCCCCGGGGUGCGGGAAAGCCGCGGCAGCAGCAGCCCCGGGGCGGCGGUGGGGCUGCACUGGCCAGCUGGUGGUCUGUGCCGCCCCGGCCACGUGCCGGGCGAGCGCUCGAGGGCUGCUGCUGGCAUCGCGGGGCCCCUCCGCCUCCGCGGCCGCCCCCGUCCCGGCUGGAGCCGCAGCGUGGGAGCACGGAGGAGCCCGACCCGGCGCUCUGCGGCUGCUUGAAAACAAAAACAAAGGGCAGCAAGAGGCUGGCAUGAGAGAAGCGCUUCCUAAUACAGCAGCAGCAAAUGUAAUUCUAUUACCCUGAUUUAUUGAUUGCACUUAGAGCAAUUACUGGCUUUCAGCCCCUCACCUGCGGGGCGCGGGAGCUGGCGCAGGAGGCCGGCAGAGGCGGUCCGCGGCCCCGGGGAGCUCCGGCGUGGCGCAGCCGGGCAGCGCGGAGGGACCCCUGCGGUCCCCGGUGCCUCCUCGCCCCCCUCCCGCUGCGGCACAGCACGGGCUGGGGGACGGGUGGAUGCUGCCCACCCGGGGGGCUGGCGGGGACGCUGGAACCGAGCGCCGAGCACCUCUGCUCUGCAGAGACCCCCCGUCUCGCGGUGCCGGGAGCCGUGGGGACAUCUGCCUGGACGCCGGGCAGAGCUCAGCCGCGGAGGGAACACGGGGAGCGGGGCGGGCGGCGGAGGGGCAGGGCCGCCCCGCGGUGCAGCACCCCGUCGCCUCGGGAGGACGGGGCUCGCGCCACCCCUGCCCGCGGGCUGCCUACGGCUCCGGCAGGACGGACCCUGCUCCGGGCACGCGGAUGGCGCUGGUUUUGCGGGAGGCACGGCCUGGACCUUCCAGCUCGGGCGGGAUGUCCUGGGCUCGGCAGGAGGUCGGAGUCCUUCCAGCCCCCGGGAAGAAGAGGCAGCCCCAGCUUUGGAGGGGAGAGUGCUAGCUGGAUUGUUUUGAGACAGAUAUAAACAUGCGGGAGACAGGCCUGGCUUUGGAGGCGGAUGAGCUCGGCGUGAACGAGACCGCUGGGUUGGGAGGCAGAGAAAUAGGCCAGCCCCAGUGUGCAGCGAAGCCUUGCAAAGCCAGCCCCAGGCUCCACGCAAGCCUCUCCCCAUGCUGGAGACAUGGAAAAGAGGAGAAAACGUCCCCGCUGCAGGCGAGGGCAGAGGCCGGGGGCUGCUGGCCCUUGUCGGAGCCGCCUGCUCGCCGUUCAAGCUGAUUGCAAAGCGGGGAGCCACGGAGCAGACCAUGCAUCAUGCUUUAUGGCUCCCGGCGGGGAGGCAGCAGCUCUCCCGGCUCCACCUCGGCCCGGGAAGCUCUGAGCCCUUUAACCCUGCAGAGCCUGCAGCAAAGCCGGGCACCCCGGCGCAGCCGGCGAGGGGGCUCCACGGCCACAGCGAGGGGGUUUGGACCGGGGCGCGGGGCAGGGAGCACGGCGCGGUUCUGUCCCUGCGGGCUGCCCAUGCCGAGGGCGCGCGGACACGACGGGGCACCCCAAGGCGUGGGGGGGGGUGCAAGGCUGUGCCUAGGCUCUGCCAGGACAGCACGGAUACCCCGGGCUAUGCAGGAAAACCCCCCGCCGGCCUCCAUCGCCCAGCUUUGGGGACCAGGCAUGUCCCCUGCUCUCCCCAGGAGAGAUCCAAUGCAGGGACCACUUCUGCCCUUUGCUGGGGGCUCUGUUGCCCCUUCUCUGCAGAGCCAAGGGUUUGGGGGCAGCAGGGCUGCAGGGAUGCUUGUGGGGUGAGAAGGAUGCUCAUGGGG